UUUAUAAUUUAAUAAAAUUUCUAAUUUAAAGACUAGAGGGCGUUUCGAGAGUUACAGGAAUUUGGAAAAUGGCGGAUCGUCAAUUUUGAAAUCGCGUUUCGUUUAACGUAGAAAACAAAUAAUAAUAAAAAUACACAUAUUUCUUCACUUUUACUAAAUGAACGGAAUAGGAGUCGAUCGCGAUUCGUUUUCCUUAUUUUUUUGACGUAAACCUCGUAAUUUCGAGGGGCUAUUACGCGAGUACGCCCUAUAACGAGUUAUAAAAUAAAACAAGUAUGGAAGGUAACAACGGUUCCGGAGGAAGGACUGAGGCGGGGACGGACGAGGAAUUACUAUUAGAGAAAUUAAGGAGUCAGUCGUUAACCACGCUGUACAACACGUUGGUGUACGUAAGAACCAAGUACUUGAAACGGGCCGACGGUGCCAAGAGUCUGUGCAAGAAAGGAGGGAUUAAAUUGAUCGUUCAAUUAAUGGAAAAACCCAAAUUAUCGGACGUCGCUCUGAGCAUUCUCGCCAAUUGCUGUUUGGAAGCAGAAGUUAGGAAAGAGGUAUUGAAAUGCAAUGGAAUUACAUCAUUAAUUCGCAUUCUUCGAUGUCUUGCUUCGGAAACCGUACAGAAUCGUGCCUGUAGAGCAUUGUCUAAUCUCGCUAUUGAUAGUGAUUGUGCGAGAUGUAUCCAUAAAUUAAAAGCAAUUCCUAUUAUCAUUAAAUUUUUACAGUCAACAAAAGAUGUAGAAUGUCAACUUACGGCCGUUCGGGCAUUGAGAAUAUUGGGAAAUACACCAGAACAUCGAAUAGAAAUUGUGCAGCAUGAAGGUAUAAUUCCAAUAGUUGAAUUAUUAAGUUCAGAAAAUAAUAAUUUAAAGAAGAAUAGCACAAGAGCAAUUGCUUGGCUGACACAAAAUUGUAGUGCUGAAUGUGCUCAACAAGUUCAAGGAGGUCAGGGACUCGACGAACUAAUUACAUUAAGUAAUCAUUCUGAUAAUGAUGUAUCUGAAUAUGCUUUAACAUCUUUAAUCAAUCUUACUACUCAAGCUGCAAUUAGACCUAGUCUAGGUAGCAGUGGUGUAAUACCUGUUUUCAUUAAAAAUAUUGAAAACAAUCAAAACAGAAAACCAGGAGUAACUGAAUUAGUUACAGCCCUUUGUUUAUGCUGUCGAGAUGCAGUAAAUAGAGUUAGAAUAAGAGAAAGUAAUGGUUUGAAAACUCUGCUGAAUUUAUUGAACAGUGCGGAGCGAGAAUAUCUCCACGAACGUAUUAUUAUUUCUCUUCUGGCAUUCCGGUUCGACGAACCUAGUUUAAAUGUACUUCUCGAUAAUGGAUUUAUCAAUUCCUUAGUCAAACAUCUCAAUAAAUAUGUAAUUGAAAAUAAAAAGUAUCACAUCCUAGUGCCGACAAAAAGUGAUAGUUUGUGCAGUUCAAAAAAUAAAUUGGACGAGGAAAAGUUUGACGAACAAUACAUAAGUUCUUCAAUGAUAAACGAAGACAAAAUAAGCCAAUAUAACAACGAAGAAAUAGCAUGUAAAGAAGUUUUACAAAAUGAUUCGGAAACUGUAAAUUUAUGUGAAAACGUUUCAAGAGCACCCGAGAUAACCGAAGAAUGUGACAGUGAUUUUGAUAACGAAGUAGCCGAUGCUACUGCAAAUAUGCAAAAAGAAAAUAAUUCUACCAAAGUUUUUUGUAUAAAUAGUCCAAGUUAUCAAGAAAUUCAGAACGAACAGUACGAAGUAACUUUUGGUUCGGAAUGUGCUUUCGAUAAUCAAUUAUCGGAUAUUUGCAGUCCUUGCAGUACCGGAAGCUGUUUUUCUCCGGAUCGUUAUUCUGUCGACUGGAGUCUUCCUUCUCCUCCUCCUUCCUACGGAGUCUGGUCACCGGCCGUUUCAUCUAGAGACGAUUUUCAGUGGUCGCCCAAUUCAUUUCUUUCGUCUCCGAAAAGAAAUACAGACUUUAUUUCUAUUUCGUCACCCUCUUCUCCAAGUUCGUCGUCGUCUACUUCACAGUCGCCACAAACGGUGCAGCUUUUGAGGUAUUCCCCAGUUUGCGAAGAACACAUAUCGGAAGAAGAAAACGAAAAUUGUACAGAAACGUUUGCUUCUACAAAAAAUCAAAUCACCGAAUCAAAUCUAAACGUCGAUCGUACCCAAGUAACUAACUUAACUACAAAUAAAACAGAAUCGAAACAAAAGUCUACCGUUCGUACCCAAUCCGAAAAGAGAGACGUAAGUCAACUUUAUCCCAAUAAUUCUAAUGAAGAAUUUAUUCAACCGACGUUAAAAUUAUGCGAGAACACGAAGAGGAGGAGAAUAUCUGCCGCUAGUGACAUUUCCGGACAUUCUAGUUCUCAUAAAGAAGACAGGCAAAAUUAUAAUGUUGGGGAUUAUAUUUUAAUGCAUUUGUCCCAUUUUUCUCAAAUGGAAAAACCAACGUAUAAAAUUGUUACAGAAGAGUGCAUUCAAGCAUUAUUAGAUUACGCCUGUUACGUAUCUACCACGGCUCGAGCCGAAAGAAUUCUUUCGCGUCUGACGUCCAAUUUUUAUUGCUUCGAGCACUUGAUUAAUUUCGGAACGACAUUGUUGAUUCGCAAUAAAUUAACCAUUCACGAUUCGAGUAUUUGCGACAAAUGCAACCAUCUAAAAUUGCUUCAAAGUAAGCUAUUGAAAAAUCUCAGUUUUGUGGCCGAAUCCGGAUACGGAAUGGGCGUGUUGUGUCACAUUCUUUUAACCGGAUUGGAUUCCGAACAGUCGUCUUGCAUCCUUGCAAUUCCGUAUUUAAUAAGGAGAAGAAAUUUACUUAAAAGAAUUCUAAUCGAUUGCUACGGCUUGGAAAUAUUAAUGAAUCUGCUGAAGACGAAGAGCGACGUUUUCGAGAUCGCGGUCAACAGUUUGUGCGCCUUGUGCCAACACUUCGUACGCCCGUUCGACGUGGCCCACCCCAGCGUCGGCGACGAAAUUAGGACGAAAGACCAUAAAGCCACGUGCAGAUACGCCGUGGACGGCGACGGUUACGACGUGAAAUUCGUUCUGGACGACGGCGGGAGCGUGGGUGCUAGAAGAUCUCAACUUGUGCAGAAGUCUUCCUUCUUCCAAAUCAUGCUGCAGGGUUCGUUCGCCGAAUCGGCUCAGGAAAGCAUCAAGUUGCCCGAAGUUUCGGAACGAGCUCUCGAAGUCAUAUUUCAUUACUUGUACGACUGCAAAAACAUGUGUUUCAAAUUAACUUCGGCCGCCACCUCCGUCCUUUUGGAGCUGAUGGUCGUCUCCGACCGAUUACUCUUGAAGGAACUAGAAAGUCGCGUGGUGGAGGAAAUCGUCGUUCGUCUGUCGCCGGAAAACGUCUGGAACGUGUAUUUACAUUCCAAGAAGUACAAUUAUGUGGAACUGAAUAACGCGGCUCUCGCCUACAUUCUAGUAGGCGACAUGCAAUCUGAACGACGAUGUCGCGCCGUCUCUAGUCUCUUUGCUCUGGAAGAAGCGGCAAAUCACGUGGAAACUUUCAUCAGAGACAAAUUUCCAGAGUCCAAAGAUCAACCUCUGUACAAAAGACAAAAAUCUAACGAAGGUUCCUAACAUUAAAAUAUUCCCGUUUGCCAUCAAAUUGCAUUUUGGAAGGAAAAUCGUAUUUAUAGAAAACAAUAAUUUGCAUAAAAAAUAAGAUUUAGUAUUUCUAUGUUACAAAAUAUAUGUAACAUGUUAAUAUAUGCUGUAUAAUAAAUGCCAAUGCACGUGUGCGCGCGCGCAUUUAUCGUAUACGUCCGUGUACAGUACAUUGGCGGGUAAAGACGUUCGAAACGAAUCUACCAGGAAAGAGGCGCGUAAACUUUAUACGUUAAACCGUUGUUUUCUGUACCCGAACCGUGUCGUUUUUUGAAUAAAAAAAAAAACGUCUUUCUUUACAGAAUGGAGAUUCUUAAAUGGCUCGGUAGGGGAUAUUUAAAUUUUUCAAAAGUGAAAUGCGGACAAAAGACAGCCGGUGUUAAAUUUUUUCAGCAUUUCAAAAUU